CAAAAAAUCGCGCCGCGCGUGUCGCAAAUAGCGACGAUGUGUGGGUGAGUUACACACCGGUGGCGUCAUCCCCAUGGAUUAUCAACGGUGUUUGGUGCAGUUGAUAUUCGUUUUCGGCAUCGCCGGAGCGAAAUCUCAGGAUACCGAAGCCCUUACCGAUGCCACAUCCACCGGAGUUACUGAAGCAUUGGAGCAAAGCCUUAGUUCUUCUCCGUUGGAAAAAGAUGCCGAGCUAUUUAUUAACUUGGAGCGAAAAGUCGCCAAUGGCGUUGUUCUGGACAUUAAAUGGGAUGCACCACACGACAUCACACCAAUGUACAAUUUCUCAAUCAUUUGUAAAGACAAUGAGACUGGAUACCAGCGUGAAUAUAAAGACGCAGCACCUUCACGACACGUCGCCUUGUCUCUUUACAAGCCAUUGACGACAUUCGAAUGCUCCAUAACCACACUAAAAAGUGACGAAAGUGGCGUACCUGUUGUUGGGCCGUCAACUACAUUUAGUGUGUCAACUGGCGAAAUCCUUCCUCCAACAAAUGUUACACUUCUUCAACGUACUUCAACAAGCCUUACAUAUUCCUGGUCUGCUGAUACUACCCCCAGUACGUGGAAGGUUUCAGCAAACCUUAUAGGAGAUGGGGAGUGCGGCAUUGAUGAUACAAAUGACCAUGGGGAGAGCCAGGAGAAGAUGGUCGUGUACAACUUCACCGAUCUCACACCGGGAUCGGAAUACAAUGUUUCCAUUCGAAACUGCCACGACGUGUUUUGCAGCAAACCGACGUUUGUUAUUGGAGCUACUGAUCUUCCAGGUCCAGUUACAGGUUUGAAGCAGAAAAUUGUGAACGGCACAGUUCUAGACGUUUCCUGGGACGCUCCAGAUGGUUGCAAGGACUUCGACGGAUAUACUGUAAAAUGCCGGGGCCUCAGUACUGGUCAAGAAGCGUCUAAAAACGUCGACAGUGAAACCCAAGUUUUACUACCUCUCCUCAAGCCUAAGGAGACAUUUGAAUGUUCAAUACAGCCAUUCGUUUUGAACUCAGCUGACCAGCGCAUAAAUGCGACGACACUCGAUUUUCAAGUUUCCACAGAAGGACUAUUUCCUCCGAAAGACGUGAAACUUGUGGAGCGCACAGACACAAGCCUAACUUUCUCAUGGUCAAUGGACUCCGAUGCUCCUACGUGGAAACUGAGAGUGACUCCUAUAACGCCGUUGGGCGAUAAGCAUGGUGAUAUUCAGUUUGAUGGUGAAAGUGAAGGCGGGAUGGUCGUGCACAACGUGACGAACCUUGCGCCGUGGACAAAGUACAAUGUUUCCGUUCUUAACUGUGAUGAGAGCUACUGUAGCGACCCUUUUGUCAUGAUUGGAGCUACGGACGUUGCAGCUCCAUCAAACGCACGAAACCUAUCAUGCAUUAUCGAAAACGACGUGACCGCUCUUUUUACAUGGGACAAGCCCGCCGAGCCCAAUGGCCCCAUUGAAGGCUACAGCCUUCGCGUCUACAACCAAGACCGGGAGGAAACAAAGCUGUUCUCUGUACCAGGAAAUGCAACCAGCACAACUUUGAACUUGAGUAACGAAUUCAAUCAGUUUGUCGCAUCCUUGAAAGCUUACAACGUUGUCGAGCGGAGCGGGGAAACAGUCUACGGUCCUGAGACAGCAGUCCAGUUCAAGACUCUUGGCAAAGGCCCAGCGCCUCCACGUCCUAAAGUCAAGGAAGUAACAAAUCAUGGAGUCCAAUUGUACUGGGAAUGGCCACAAGAUCCCAGAUACCAUAUCACACACUUCAUCGUGAAAGUUGAUGGCCAGCGCACUUUGUCGACUGUCGAGCGACAGGUGGCUAUCGAUAACCUGGAUGCAUGGGCGCAGUAUGAAAUACGUGUCGCCGCUUGUGUGAACGAGACCACGUGUGGCCAGGAGGGCACAGUGCAGUUUCAUACGGAUUUCGGAGCACCGUCUGAACCACUGAAUCUCACGGUCGAGUCAGCGGGCACCCACUGGGUUCUUGCACGUUGGGAGGUGCCGCAUGUUCUUGACGGGCCACUGAGCGGAUACAACGUGAGCUUCAGCGACGGCAUUACCUACUUUGAGGUGACGACCGUGGAGUUAUCGUACAACUACACGGAGGCAAUUCCUGGAGCGAUAUACAAUGUUUCCGUGUACGCUUUCAACGAGGUCAACGGCGUUAUAAAACGUGGACCCACAGCGUCACAGCUUACUUUCAAGGAAGAUGACCCUCUGAACACUGCUGGACUUUCGACAACGAGGCCUCUUUUGGCUUCUCUUGCUGCCAUAACGUUGGUGCUUGUUGUGGUCGCUGUGAUCCUGCACAAGAAGUGCCCGGUGACGAGGCAUGCAAGAAUAGAGAAGAACGUUCGCAUGGAAGAGAAGCGGCGGCGUCUGUACAUGGACCAACUUCGAGAUUAAAUUUGAAACUUGUGAAAUGAGUGAACGUUUGCUCGCCUAUAUUAGCAA